AUGCCCAAUCCCAGAUCAGACAUACUUUCCAAUAUUACUUCAACAUAUCUUGCUCCCUUUGAUGACUUCAAUCUCGACGACCUCCCAACCGCGAUAUGGGUUAGAGAGCUCUUGUGCCAUUGUUGCGGCAGUCUCCGAAGACUCGUAGUAGACGUUCCCUUCCGGGCACUUUAUCCGGAAGACGAUCACCUUGGCGUCCGCAAUGUGCUCCACGAUGCGUUUGCUCAACUUUCCAGCCUCGAGGAAUUCGUCUGUGUCAGAGACGAACUCUAUCUAGAUCUAAACACUUCGUUGUCUGAACCUCCAAUCUGGAGCACAUGGUCGGCUCUCAGGAAGCUGGCUCUAUACAAUGUUGACACUGAAAGCACACAAUUCUGGGAUAGCCUUGCAGGUCUGGAGCAUCUUGACACGGUCAUUCUUACCAGAGCUGAUUCUCUCGGCUCAUGCAACCCAAAGUUGGCCUGGUUGACACGAACCCACCGGCCCAUAAAACUCAUCUUCGUUAAUGUUGAGAGAGACCAUACAUACAUGUUCAAGCCUGUUUGGAAGCAGCAGGAUCCUAAAAACCUUGUCGACGUGAUGAGUGUCGACGUUGGGACCGCCUUUUAUGGUGAUGAAAGUCCUAUUGAGCUCUGUCAGGAUUGGAUUAAACAAAAUGCAAUAUGGGGUAAAUUGUGGGCGUGCAAUGCAAAGCCCAUGAGACAGCCUGGAUGA